AUGGCUGAGCAACACCACCCGCUUCGCCGUACCCAAUCUCACGAGGCUAUGGGGUCUCCAAUUCAAGGCAUGGAAUCGGUGAUCGCAACCGUGAGUGGGUACCACGGCUCGGACCGCUUCAACCUUAUCAAGCUCAUCUCUCAUGCCGGUGCGAGCUAUGUCGGUGCGCUGUCCCGAUCCACCACUCACUUGGUGUGUUGGAAGUUCGAAGGAAAGAAAUAUGAACUGGCUCACAAGUUCAAUACGAUAGUUCUCAACCAUCGGUGGAUUGAGGAUUGCAUAAAGCAUGGAAAACGAGUUCCUGAGCGUCCUUAUAUUCUGCAAUGUGGACAGGAAGUCGGACCCUUAUUGCUAGAACCUCCACCUGUUGCUAAGGUGGGUGUCUCGACUAAGAACUGGAAUGUGCUUUCUGACAAAUCAAAUGUUUGUGAUGACUCUGAACAAAUUAUCGAGUUGGGGUGUGGAGCUUCUCGCCGUUCUGUUUUGACUGAUUCAUGUCUUUUAAACGAGGAUUUGUUUCCUGAAUUUAAAGAAAACAACAGUUCUCUUAAGUCAAAGCAGAAACAUGUUAGAAGGAAUUCAAAGCAAGAACUGCGAUCAUGUAGCAGACCCUGUUUUCAAGAUCCUCCUUUAACUACAUCACUUAGAAUGGAGCUUCAAGAGUCUUCCACACAUUUGGCAAGAGCUAAAAGAAAUAUUUCCAGUGGAAAUGGAAGCAGUAUGGCUGAAACUUCACGAAAAGGAAGAAGACUUGCAAAAAGGAAUAUCGGUAGAGAUAUGAAAGAAUCAGCACUCUCAGACUCUGAUCAAGAGUGCCACCCAAUCAGAUUUCAGAAUAUGCAUAAGGAUGUUGUCACAGUCCUUUCUGACGAUUCAGGUGAAGAAAGAAAUGGUAAUAUAUUGGGAACUGAAGGAAAAACUGACAAUGGUUUGCAUAUCCGAAGACGAAUCAGAAAUCAGGGUCUGAAAGUUGUUCUGGAGGUUGAUGAGAAUCACCUAUCUCCUUCCAAGGAUCCAAAUGUAUAUGUUGAGGAUGCACCAACUUCUCUGGAGGGAACUCCACAAGACGGAUGCUUUGAAGUUGAGAAUUCGAAAGAGGAAUUCAAAAACAGGUUUGGGACUGAAGAUGCCACCAGAAUUCCUCCUUCAAUGGAGUUAUCAUGUGUAAUAUGCUGGACAGAAUUUAGUUCAACCAGAGGAAUUUUGCCAUGUGGUCAUCGGUUCUGUUAUUCAUGCAUUGAAAGCUGGGCUGGUCAUAUGGGUUCGAAGAGCAAGAAUUCAACAUGCCCUUUAUGCAAGGCUAGUUUUACAAGCAUUACCAAGGUUGAUGAUGCUGACAUGAUUGAUCAGAAAAUAUACUCCCAAACCAUUCCAUCAGCCCCAAAAAUGGACAUACCAGUUCCUACUUACCGAGGAAUACCCAAUUUUGGUGCUCAGGUAAACUUCGUUUUAAACCUCUCUUGUCCCCAUCAGGAACUGUUUGUGUUGCAUGUAGUGGUCGGGAACCUGAAGAACUUCUGGUCGCUUGCAAUCUCUGCCACAGCCAGUGCAUCCAUUCCUACUGCCUGGAUCCUCCCUUAUUUCCAUGGACGUGCAUUCACUGCAAGGAUCUCCGACUGGUCUACCUUCUCAACCAUUGAUAUACAUCGCCAAAAAACAUCAAGAAUGCCUCAAUCCUUCAUAGAGUAA